AUGGCAAUCGCAUACUUCCAUGAAAUGCAAUCUAAAGUAAUACAUAAGGACAUCAAACUAGAAAACAUUUUGAUCAACAAAGAGUGUUUCAUACAAAUCUGUGAUUUGGGAUUAAGCAAAAUUAGUGAUGCACCGUCUGUGCUAGAUACCACCGUUGGCAACAAUUUCUACGGAACACCACUAUAUAUGGCUCCUGAAAUUUCAAUAUUUUACGAACCAGUAACAACCCAUUCAGAUGUGUGGGCGUUAGGAUGUUGUAUUGUCGAAAUAUUCAUAGAAACAUGGACAUGGACGUUAUCAAAACCUGGUUUAGAGAAUUUGAAAAAUGAAAUUUUGAAACGAAAAAAACCUGAUUUAUCAAAGGUUCCAUCAGCGCUCCGAGGAAUUUUUAGUGCUUAUUUUGAUCAUGAACCAAAAAGAAGACCUGAAGCUAGUACCUUAUUGAAUACUCUCAAACAUUUCUACAAGAAUGAUAGAUAA